AUGUCCACAUCAGCCGCCACAACGAGCGUCAUUACGUCCAACGAACUCUCGCUCUCCGCUCACACACACGCCACACACACCUCGCACAGCAACGCACUGCACGCCCCGUUGUCACCGAUCCAGCAAGGCGCCAAUAUUGUGAGCAACACGAACACCACAUCAUCACCCCUGGCGCCCAACGGUGUACCUUUGCUCACCAUGCAUCGCUCACCGGACAGUCCCCAACCGGAGCUGGCCACCAUGACUAAUGUGAACGUCCUAGAUCUGCACACAGACUCAUCCAAGUUGUAUGAAAAGGAUGCAGUUUUUAUUUACGAAACACCCAAGGUGGUCAUGUCCAGCAUGGAUGGCGGCGGCGGCGGGGGCCCCAAUGGUGGUCCCGACGAUCAUGUCAUUGAUGCGCGCAUCGCUGCCCAGCUGGGCACACAGCAUGCAGCGCUGCCGCCGCCACAGCCAGCGCCCGAUAAUCAGCCGCUGGCCAAGAUCGAAUUCGAUGAGAAUCAGAUUAUCAGAGUUGUGGGUCCCAACGGCGAACAGCAGCAAAUCAUCUCGCGCGAGAUCAUCAAUGGCGAACACCACAUAUUGUCCCGGAAUGAGGCCGGCGAGCACAUACUCACCCGCAUCGUCAGUGAUCCCUCGAAGCUGAUGCCGAAUGAUAAUGCGGUAGCCACCGCCAUGUACAAUCAAGCCCAGAAGCUGAACAACGAUCAUCAGGCGGUCUACCAGACGUCGCCACUGGAUGCGUCCGUUCUACACUAUAGCAAUGACAAUGUGAUCAAGACUGAGGCGGACAUCUAUGAGAGUCACAAAAAGCAUGAGGCGGGCUCCAUUAUUUACACCACCUCGGAUCCGAACGGUGUCAAUGUAAAACAAUUGCCGCACUUGUCGGUGCCACAGAAGCUUGAUCCGGAUCUGUAUCAGACGGACAAACACAUAGACCUGAUCUACAAUGAUGGCAGCAAGACUGUCAUUUAUUCGACAACAGAUCAGAAGGGUCUGGAAAUCUAUUCGGGUGGUGAUAUUGGCAGCUUGGUGUCGGAUGGUCAGGUUGUGGUGCAGGCAGGUCUCCCAUAUGCCACAGGAACGAACGCCUCAGGUCAACCGGUCUACAUAGUGGCCGACGGAGCAUUACCGCCAGGAGUCGAAGAUCAUUUACAGGGCAAACUGAAUGGACAGACCACACCUAUCGAUGUCUCUGGCCUAUCGCAAAAUGAAAUUCAAGGCUUUCUACUUGGUUCACACCCAUCAUCAUCGGCUGGGGCCAGUACGCCGGUUGUCUCCACGACAACAAUCUCGAAUCAGCAACACCAGCAGCAACAGCAACAACAACAGCAACAGCAUCCGACAGCCAUAGUGACGACCGCGGGCGUGGGCAAUGCGGGCUCGAUUGUCUCGGCUGCAGUGCAACAGCAGCAGCAGCAACAACAACAACAACAACAACAGCUAAUUAGCAUCAAACGAGAGCCCGAAGACUUGCGCAAGGAUCCGAAAAAUGGCAGCAUCACGGCAGCGAAUGGUUCAGUCAUAACGCAAAAGAUUUUGAACGUGGAUGCAACAACAACAGACCCAACAACAACAACCACAACAACGGCAAGAGAGAGAGAAAUUAGUGCUAAUAACUCACCCACUAGUCCCGCAAGCACAGCAACAACAACAACAACAACAGAUCUAGAGAUGUAUGCAACAACGGGGGGCACACAAAUCUAUCUACAGACCACCUCACAUCCCACAACGAGCAGCGCGGGCACAGUACAGACGACCCUGCAAACACAAAGUCCCAGUCCGGGUCCGUACAUAACAUCCGAUAAUUAUGGCAUGUAUACAACCACACGCUUACCACCCGGACCACCAACGACCACCUUCAUAACGGAGCCAUAUUAUCGCGAAUACUUUGCCCCCGAUGGACAGGGUGGGUAUGUGCCGACCACCCGCAGCAUGUAUGGGGAGGAUGUGAGCACAGCACAGUCUAGUGGUGCCUAUGAGGGGCGCUUCACAACAACCACGCCCACAGUGCUCACAUCAGCCCCGACUGGACUGCCGCCCAAUCAUCAGCCAACCGGACCACCGCCCCCCACACAAGCCAACGGCAAAAAUGGCAAUACUCCGCUCUACACGAAGACCCUCACAGCGGCGGGCCUCACAGUGGACCUGCCCAGUCCAGACUCCGGCAUCGGCACGGACGCCAUCACGCCCCGGGAUCAAAACAAUAUGCAACAGUCCUUUGACUACACGGAACUCUGUCAGCCGGGCACGCUUAUCGAUGCCAAUGGCGGCACCAUACCCGUAUCCGUCAAUAACAUCCAACGCACCGUCGUCCACGGCAGUCAAAACAGUCCGACCACCUCGUUGGUCGACACGAGCACAAAUGGCUCGACGCGCUCGAGGCCCUGGCAUGAUUUUGGCCGCCAAAAUGAUGCUGACAAAAUACAAAUACCAAAAAUCUUCACAAAUGUGGGUUUUCGCUAUCACCUGGAAAGUCCCAUAAGCUCAUCGCAGCGACGCGAGGAUGAUCGCAUCACCUACAUCAAUAAGGGACAGUUCUACGGCAUAACGCUGGAGUAUGUGCACGAUGCGGAUAAGCCAAUUAAGAAUACAACAGUUAAGAGUGUGAUCAUGUUAAUGUUUCGUGAGGAGAAGAGUCCCGAAGAUGAGAUAAAGGCCUGGCAAUUCUGGCACAGUCGCCAGCAUUCCGUGAAGCAAAGAAUCUUGGAUGCAGAUACAAAGAACUCGGUUGGCCUUGUUGGUUGCAUUGAGGAAGUGUCGCAUAAUGCCAUUGCCGUUUAUUGGAAUCCGCUCGAGAGUUCGGCCAAGAUCAACAUUGCAGUUCAAUGUCUGAGCACGGAUUUCAGCAGUCAAAAGGGUGUGAAGGGUCUGCCGUUGCACGUACAAAUCGAUACAUUUGAGGAUCCCAGAGAGGCCACAGUCUUUCAUCGUGGCUACUGUCAGAUCAAAGUAUUCUGCGAUAAGGGCGCCGAGCGCAAGACACGCGACGAGGAACGUCGUGCGGCUAAACGCAAAAUGACAGCGACGGGUCGCAAGAAACUGGAUGAGCUAUAUCAUCCGGUCACAGAUCGCUCAGAAUUCUACGGCAUGCAGGAUCUAAUCAAGCCACCGGUACUCUUCUCACCCGCCGACGACAUGGAUAAGGUAAGUAGUCAAUUAACAUUUUCAAUAUUAAUCAAAUAAAACAGAACAAAGAAAAUAUAAUUAUCAUUGCAGACCUUCUAUGGCCAUGAGACUGACUCACCGGACCUGAAGGGCGCUUCGCCAUUCCUGCUGCACGGCCAGAAGGUGGCCACGCCGACGCUGAAAUUUCACAAUCACUUUCCGCCCGACAUGCAGACUGACAAAAAGGAUCACAUACUGGAUCAGAGCAUGUUAGCGACUGCACCCAUGGCCGACUUCGGACCACCCAUAAAGCGGGGACGCAUGACGCCGCCGACCACGGAGCGUGUGAUGUUGUACGUGCGACAGGAGAACGAAGAGGUCUACACGCCCCUGCAUGUGGUGCCGCCCACCACAAUUGGCCUGCUUAAUGCGAUUGAAAACAAAUACAAAAUCUCAACAACGAGCAUAAAUAACAUUUAUCGCACAAAUAAGAAAGGGAUUACUGCGAAAAUUGAUGAUGAUAUGAUAUCCUUCUACUGCAACGAGGACAUCUUCCUGCUGGAAGUGCAGCAGAUCGAGGACGAUUUGUAUGAUGUUACGCUGACGGAGCUGCCCAAUCAAUAGGGCCAACAACAGACACACACACACACACACACACACACACAUACACACACACA